AGCAAGCAGUCGAGGAACCAUGUGAGUUGAAUUCCAGCAUCUCUAACACAGGGAGUCGAGUUUGGUUUGCUCAGCUAAGCAAGGUCCCAACAAACCCUUUGUUUCUUCUUUUCCCGAUACCCCAGAAAGGUUCUGGGCGCGAUUCUUCCUCGAGUUCCUACCAUCUUCAGCGCUGGGGUGGAGAAACAAGCCGCGAAGAGCCUUGGAAAGGAGGAGAAACGAAAGAAGGCUGCAUCAACCGAGCGAAGACGAGGAUAAAUAACUUCGAUAAGAGGUGGGAUCAAUCUCGUUGGCGGUGGAACUGUUGUUCGUGCUCUUUUGGCAACAACUCUUACACAUACGAUUUAUCUUGUCCCGGGUGUUGCCAUAUACGCUGCAGUAACUGUUUGGUUCAGGAAGUUUCAUAAAGACACUGCACCCAAAUACUGCAUUCGUUCGAUUCUUACCUACCUAUUCCGUCUAUACUCGUUAGCAUCUAUUGCUUGAACGUCCUGGUAAACUGCAACUCGAAUCUAGCUCGAAAUGCCGGAUCCUACCUAUAAAGAUGGAGGGAUGCGGGGAGAUGCGCUGCAAUGUCCUUGGUCGAAUUGCUUCCCCCAGCUCUAUAAACACUCAAAAAAUCCCUGUACUUUGACCCCGUUUGCCGAUUUUCGAGAGGUAACCGACCACAUUUGGAAGUACCACUCCUUUCUUCUCUCCUGCGGUCACUGCGACCACCGAUUCCCAAGCGCCAAGAGGGGAGAAAGUCAUCGCUCAGACUUGGAAAAGAUCAAAAAACGUCACUGGGAUAAUGGUUGUAAAAAGACGAUGUCCGAUCCGGAUCAUUCCUUGAAGACGAUGACCGACGAACAAGACAGGAUACUAAAGAGCUGGAAAGGGACAAAUACCAAGGACCAGGCCUCCGUGAAGCCGAAUUAUGAGUCUCUCUGCCGUUCUCUGUUCGGUGAUGGUGUACAUGUACCCUGGGUCAAUAAGUAUCACUACUUCAUACCUGAAUACAUGGUAAACCAGGAGUCUGCGAGACUAGGCGAGGAGAACCUACAUUAUAUCCGGCAGCGCAAGGCGGCGAAGCAACUAAGCUUAGGCACAUAUGGUCUACAGAACAUGCAGAAUACGAUCAACCCGCUUGUCCUCGACGAAUAUCCUCAACCCAAGGACUGGGUGCUGCCUGUCCACAAUGCAGACCAAGAUUCCGCCUACGGAUCCGGGGGCACUGGAGAGUCGUCCGCACAGCAGAAUUCUGGAGGUGUCUCGAGCUAUAUGAACCCGGACCUGGAUUGGCACUUCUCGACUAUCAGGUUCUCCCAAGACACCCUCGAUCAGCGACCCUCUUCGAUAGUUGUCGAGAGCUGGGAACUAGGGAACCCUGACCUACCAUCUGAAUAGUCGUAGAGAUCAUUAUGUUCCAUUAUCUGGAAUACAAGGAGCGCGAGAACAUUUCUUGUUACUCGCAUUGACCAUUGAGACGAGUAACGAAGUACCGAAGCAGCAACGUCACAAUCAGCGUUUAUGUCAUACAUAGGAGCAUAAGGUCCCAAGUUUCUCCAAGGGACAUGGAUUCAUUAGUGAUACUCACAACAGGAGGGAAUCAUGCAUUUUCAGGACUCCCAAUGGAAGAUUUAAUGUUUUUAAGGCACCAGUAGUACAUAUUUCCUAAUCCUAUUCUUCGCAUCGGAUAUAGCUUGUAUCCGACGUCCGCUCAAGCGCUUUGGGUUCUUGAUAGAUGUGCUUGAUGUCAGUCAGGUUGUUUACCUAAUACCUAAUUAGGUAAUUCACCUGCAGGGUAUUAGUCAUCUGGGUACGAGUCAUAGGUUCGAACCUUACAGUGGGUUCGAUAGGGAACCCUUCAGGGCACCCUACAGGGCAGCGGCUAGGUCUAUAUAUAGCGGGUUAUCCCCGCGGUUAGGAAGACCAUAUUCUGUAUUCCUAUUUAUAUAACUCUCCUUCCAUAUUGGAUAAUUAAAUAACUUAUCCAUUUACCCCA